AAGAAGAGAUUGGACUACAGCAGAAGACUGUUCCUGAGCCUUGAACAGCAGUGAGUUCUCAACCAGACACAGGAUUUUCUGUUACAUCACUUGCUCACAGUCAUGGGUCAAUGGUUCUCUGGUACUUCUGAUGAUACUCAUCACCAAGAUUCAGCUUUCAGCUUCAAUAAGUAUUUUAAGAACUUCAAGAUGGAAAACAAAAUCAUUUCUCAAAACACCAUCAGUUUGAUAGAGUCACACCUGCAAAAAGGGAACAUUCAGGGAGCAGCCUCGGUAAUCAAUGUUGCGCUAAGAGAAAUUGAUAAUGCCCCACUGGACCUCGCUGUGACAGGGGAGUCUGGAGCAGGGAAGUCCAGUUUCAUCAAUGCCCUGAGAGGGGUUGGACAUGAGGGAAAAGAUGCAGCUCCUGUUGGGGUGGUGGAGACGACCAUGAAGAGAACUCCAUACAAACACCCAAACUUUCCCAAUGUGAAAAUCUGGGACCUGCCUGGGAUUGGAUCCCCUAAUUUCCAGCCAAAAGAUUAUCUGGAAAAAGUAAAAUUUAGGGAGUAUGACUUCUUCAUCAUUGUUUCUGCUACACGAUUCAAGAAAAAUGACCUAGACCUGGCCAAGGCAAUCAAAAUUAUGAAGAAGAAUUUCUACUUUGUAAGAACCAAGGUGGAUUCUGAUUUACAAAAUGAAGAGAUAUCUAAGCCAACUACCUUUGACAGAGAAAAAGUCCUACAGCAGAUCCGAGAGAACUGUGUGAGAAAUCUGAAGAAGAAUAACAUUGAUGAACCACAGGUAUUCUUAAUUUCCAACAACAAUUUAUCUGAGUAUGAUUUCCCAAUCAUGAUGGACACCUUAAUGAAGGAUCUGCCUGCUCAAAAGCACCACCUUUUUAUGCUUUCCUUGCCUAAUGUUACCGAGGCAGCCAUUGAAAGAAAGAGGGAUGCUCAGCAGCAGUAUAUUUGGCUAGAUGCCCUCAGGGGUGGAGUAUCGGCCAUCAUGCCUUUGCAAAUAAUCAUCAGUAAAAAUAAAAUGGAGAAGCUGCAGAAAAUCUUAAACAACUAUCAAGUCCUCUUUGGAGUCGAUGAGCCAUCCCUGAAAGCCUUGGCUAAACACUUGGGAGUGCCAGUAGAACAACUCAAGGAUAGCAUUAAAUCUCCAACUUUGUUGGAAACUGAGAAGGAAGAAACAGUAGGGGAAAUGUUUAUGAGAUAUUUGAAGAAUGUUUUAAUCAAUGGUGGAGGCCCCCUUGGUGCAGGUCUUUACUGUCAGGAAAUCUAUUACAUGCAACUUCUUAUGCUUGACACAGUAGCUGAUGAUGCUAAGGUUCUCCUUAAGGAAACAUAUUCAGGAAAACAGUUCAAACCCAAAAAACGCACAGGUUCUAAUCACAAUAGAACCUAAUGAUCAACACCAGAGCCAUCUCCCUUCCACCUGUUAUCCUGAAACAACCCAAUCCACCACCCCCAUGGGAAUUCCUAGGGGACAAGGCCCAUGGAUCUAAAUUCUAGCAAAAUCCUGGUGUGUAUCUCCCCACUGUCCCUAUCCCCUUCUCCCCUUCCCCCCAUCUUGCUGUCUCUCUGCCCUCCUCUCCCUGUCUCCCUUCCUCUCCCACACACACAUUGUCAAGCUCCCUGUCACCUCUGCCAUUCCUCUCUGUGUCCUGUCUGUUCUCCUGUCCUCUCUGGAGCAUGGGAAUAAUCAGCUGUUUGUUUCACGGACUCAGUUUCCCAUCCUCAUCGUCUCACCUGACACACACACCUGAGAUUUAGACUCCUUCGAGCCCUCAUGAAGCCUGUGUUAAGAGAGUGACUACCAUAGCUUUUGGCUCUCUCAACAGGGAGACCUCAACACCAAAGUAGAAAGAAACCCAUAACCAUACAAAACCCAACUCUAAUAAAUGGUUAAUAGCCAAUUCAUAUGAAUCCUAUUUAGACAGAAUCUUUUUUUGAGAAGAUAACUGAAGAAACUCCAUGAUUCUGAACUGGGAGGAAUGGUGAACCCUAUGAGACCUCUCUGGUUUGAGACUUUUGAUGGUUAUGAUAGUGAGGAACUGCUGUAAGCUAUAUCUGAUGCCAACAGUUGCUUAAUAAAUGCUUGGUGAGAAAAAGUAUUUGCUGUUGGGAUUUGAUGUUUUCAAUACAUAAUUGCUUCAGAUGGA